UUAACGAGGUACGGAUCUCAUGUUUAACCAAAAAAAUCAUCCAUCUAAUAAAAUAUAAGUAAUAAUGAUGAAAUAAUAGAGCACAAGGAGAGUUUUUGCAUCACAUGGCCGGCCCCAUAGACCACACUGUAACGGCAUCACAGCAAGUCCUGACGCAGCGCCAUGAACUCGUGUCGAUAAAAGGCUUGGUGUUGUGGUAAACAGAUGGGAACACCACUGCCAGGCAAAGUCAGCAUGAACGCAGGGACAACCACAUGACACAUUUAAUCAGCCAAAGGAGUCGAGUUUCAUGUCUUUAGUGAACAUUUAUAUUUCAGAUUAUGACAUCUACCAAAUUGAAGAAAACCAACUCAUCUGCAUCUGUUACAGGAGGUUUUAACAUGAGUGAAAUCGUGAAGUUGGAUGUGAUUUGAAACAGUAAAGCAGACCAUGAAAUUAUGAGCUUCAACAUGAACCCAGGCCGAUCAGAUGAUAAGGUUGAUUCAAAAUACAGAGAUAAAUAAGGUGGUUUUCCACUAAAGCCAAGAAAACAGCUUACAUAAAAGAUUUUGUAGUUGCCUCAGGGUUCGAUCAAUCACGAAGAUGCUUGUUUAUGUAAGCUCCAAGCUCCAAACUCCAUUACUCUGUCUUAUUAAAUCAGGGCAGUAGAGUUUUAACCAAUUCUGCUGACAAACAAACAGACACACAGCCCGCUAAAGGUACAGGGAACAUCAGCAUUUUCAACGAGCUAAUUACUGAAGUGAAUAAUUCAAUCCAAAACUGAAUGAAUGCACUUUACUCAGAAAUUCAAACCAGAACUAUUAUCCCCACUCACUCUCAUCAGUGUUUGUAAUAGCAGUCAGGUUUCUUAGAAAUCAGAGGCUCACUUCCAUGGAGCAGUGAUGACCUCCUGGUCUGGAGCCGUCCUCUCUGGUGCUAUAAUUGCAUCAGAGCAGAGUCGGCUCCCUCGCAGGCUAAAUCCAGAUAGGAAUUCUGCUCUGCGGUUUCUGAGAUAGAGUUUAAUCUUUAUGCUGGAUGAACUGUUUAACACGAGAGGCAGUCAGCAAUCACUGUCACCAUGACAACUAGUGAUUGCAGCUGGGGUCACACAGCUGAUUGAGAGUCGCUAAUUAACUCUUCCUGUCAGAUCUGUUAAAUAUAAAUAUGAAAGCGUUUCUAAAUGUAAACACUGUUGUGAAUCAUAGCAUUUCUUUGAGCACUUUGGUGAGUUAUCAGCUUGGCCCUAUCUGCGCCUUUGCUACUUAAAGCUCCUGUAAGGAAUUUUCAACUCAACCUGAGUCGUGUCUCCAAACUUAAAUCUCAUCAUUCAGACUUUUGACAGUCAAACUUAUAAUUUGUUGUGAAUAUUUGAAGUGAAAAUUGUAAAAACAGGCUGACACCAACCCCCUUGUAAGGUUUUCAGGCAUUAAAAAUUAGGGUAAAGAAUUCUUUACUCUUGUUGCUGGUGGUUUUAUUUGCUAUUGUAUGUCAUAAAAAAGCAUCAAUAUGAAUUUCAGUUCAUUUCAUAAACAUCCAAAAACUCCUCACAGGAGCUUUAACCUUCCUCCUGUGUUGGCAUUUACUACGCACCCACCAUGUUAAGGGUUGGUUUUGACUUAGUCAGCUGUAAAUUACACUAAAAACAAUUCUCUUUCAUCCAGUUUGGUUCUCAUCUCCAGGUUAACUUUUAGGCUUCAUUAUCCAUGAAAAUAUUGCUUGUAUUAUUUUUCGUUGUGAGCCUCUGGGCCUUUCUUUGUCAUGAUAGAAAAAACAUGGAAAAAUUAGAAUUUCCUAAAUCUCACAUGAUUGGAGGAGGAUCUGACUGUCUGUGUGGUGCCUGACAGUACACUUGUGAUUUCAGUUUUUGCUCUGAUUAUUAGAUAUUGAUCUAACUGGGUCAACAGCGACCCUAACACGACAAGUGCCAUAAUUUUAAUAAGAGGAUUUUAAAAUUUAGUCAAUUACAUUUUUUAUUUUUAUUUUGUUGAAAUAGAGGUUCCUGACAAAGUCAAAAAGUCUUGAUGCAGUGAAAAAAUAACCAGCAGAAAAACUGCAGUGUCUGUUUUUAUGUUACUAUGGUGGAGACUUGACAAUGGUGAGGCAGUAGCAUCCUCAAGCACACUCUGAUUUACUUAUAUUGCUGUCCUACUGCAGGUACUUGUGCAUUUUCCUUCCCUUUUUAGCCUAAAGGCGAAACUUUCACUUCAUUUAUAAGGUCAAUGGUUUCAUCAAGAUUAAUGAAGCCGUGUUAUUAUCAAAACAAAUAUCUGAAUGUCUUAUCAAUGUUGCAUUACAAAGUGCAAAACAGAGUUCAUCAGAAAACAUUUAAAGCAUUAAAAGCAUUAAAAGAAAUGUGUGCACAGAGAAAUGAUAAAAUAUAUGACAGUAUAAGGUCAAAAAGAAGGAAACACAUGGUUGUUCAUGCAGGGCUGUGACCUCAGUUGGUGCUUUGUCUUUACUUCAGCUAGACUUGCAUGACGUCUUAGCUUUGUCUUCUGCAUACUUCAACUCAUGAGAGACUCCACUCUGACUCUUGGUAUUAAAACUCAUCCUCUCAUCUGCUGAAUCUAUUGAUGCACAUUAACCCCCUGUCAGAUUUUAAGAAACACUUUCAGUUGACGUCUUUACAUUUAGGAGGAAAGUUCAGCUUCCUAAGCAGUGCAGCGCCUCGCUGUCUUUCCAGCGAUGCAGCUGUUUUCAGUGGAAAACGGUCCCAGCCCAGUUUAUCCAAAUUUAGCUUUCAGGGGAUAUCCUAAAAUAUGUUGAUGAUUUAGCUUAAGUCCUCCCAUAAGAAUCCAAAACAUCCUGUUUUUCUCCUUCAUUGAGUUCAAGUUAAACAGAAACUAACAAAAGGCUCAAAACUGAGGGCGGAUAAUGAUUAAUCAUUUGUUCUCAGACUGAAGUCACAUUGUGUUUCCAAAUUUAUCCAGUCUUCAGUGUAUGAUUUAUAUUUCUGACUUUGUUAUGCACAACUUAAAUGUUCCUAUCUGUUAAUAUCAACAGCAGUGCAUAAUCUGAAAUCUAGUUUAUUUACGUUUAUUUCAGAAAAACUUGAAAAUUUAAAUGGUAAUGAAUGAAACAAUCUGUGCAAGAGCAGAAACAUGAACUUAAGUUUCCUCUUCAGGGUAAAAAUAACAUUAAUUAUGGAGACCAUACAGGAUGUAGAGGCAAGCAAGAUAAUGAAUAGUAGCUGCAUUUCUGUGAAUGAAAGCAGAACUCUCCAUCAGUGGAAAAACAUGUUUACAGUGGAUAUAUUUAGACCUGCAGUGCCCCCAAGUGGACAAACAUGAGAAGUAACUUUUUUGCUUGAUUGCAGAAAUAUUACAGAGCAGGUUUUCAAACUCAGAGAGGAAAUUAUAAAUCAUGUUAGCCUGCCCCAGGUACCUGGAGGUCAGCCUGAUAUUUAGGUUUUGGGAUACACUUGGGAAGAAAAAAAAAAAGGAUUUAGCCGUUCCAGCUGCUCACCCUGCCAUCUUCCUCUCAGGUCAUGACAUAGAACUGGUACAUUUUAGCCUUUACCAAGACAGAGCAGAGAGGUAAGAGGCUCUUACUCAAGUACAGAGAUCAUAAUGAGGUAUUUUCAUUUCAUUUCAAAAGGGAAUAUUGUACUUUCUCCUUCAAAUUCAGUUGAUUAAUACAAAAUAGUUUACAAUAUUAUGAAAUAAAACAUCUAUUUUGUACAUAGAUCCCCGCAACGUUUCAAAUAAGGCUUCUUGAAGCAGCAAAAACAUGUGUCCAUGCAACUGUACAUCUAUAGGUAAACAAAAUCACCUAUUACUUAAUGAUGUUAGGAGGAGAUGACUAAAAGUGUCUCUAUUUUGCAACAAUGUCAUAACUUUACACCAUCCAAAUGCACACGUGACCUCUCCAAGCUAUCAUUUAACAUUCUUACUUCAGCUGAUUAUCAAGUUACCUAGUGGGACAAAGUGUGGUACAAGCAAGAAUGAAGUUCUUGCUUGUCUUGUUCUUGUGCUGUUUCUUGUUUGUCCUGAUUCAACAACCAUAUCUGAUCAAGAACACUUAGAUUGGUCCUGUGCAGAAAGAUUUUAUAUUUACAUAAGUGAAAGCCAGGAUUAUAAUAAGGCUGAUAUACGAUAACUCUAUGGUCCAUUGUCUUGGAUUUAAAGUUAAUCAGCCAUCCCAAAUCCUAAACUGUGAAUUGUUAUUUUCCUCGUCAAAGGAGUAGGACUUUUGAUAAAUUAGUAAGAGGUUGCUUUUUGCUUGUUAGUAUUUAAAGAUAUUGUUGUUACUUGAAACUGAAGAAAACUACCACAUGGCAGACUUUGCGCUCAUUUUUAAGAACUCAACUUAUGACAAAUAUCUUCUAAAGAAUUUGACUUGGGAAAUGUAAAUGUUUCCAUAUGUUGCCGUACAUUUUAAAAGUAUACAAAGGAAUAUGAUACUCUUGAAGUACAAUUUGUAGAAAUGGGAAUAUUGAGAGAUGAGUAAUGUUCAUAUUUUCAAUUAAAUUGGCCCCUUGCUCACUCCUCUUGAAAGUGAGGGUCCAGAGGUGACGUUGGCCCCUCUUAGGACAAGAGGCUGCUGUGAUGCAUGUGGAAAUAUUAUCUUCCUUUUGUCAAGAUUUUACUUUUAAAAUCUCUAAUGAAUACAAAUACUUUGCACACAACAGCACCAAAAAAAAAAAAAAAAAGAACAAAAAGGCCUGUUAGUUUGUCUGCUCUGGGCUACUGUAGCAACGUGGUGAUACAAGACUGGGUUCCUACUUGGAUUCAAGAGGAUUAUUCCAAGUUAACCAUAACUAAAACUUCAUAUUCAGGCAAAUUAUGGCUUUGUUAUUAGUUGUAUUGUUAAUUUCUAUCAAGUCUAUUAUGCUAAAUGUAAUUUAAAGGGCUAUUACACGCUGGACCUUAAAGGGAUAUUCCGGUGUAAAAUUAAGUUAUGGUCAAACACACUGUAACACCGAGUUAGACACCCCGUCGAGAGAUGAAUGUUGCCGACUGCUUGCUUCUCCAGUUCCAGGCAUGUCCAAACUGUUCCACAAAGGGCCGUGUGGCUGCAGGUUUUUCUUCCAACCAAUCAAGAACACGCAGUCUGACUAAUCAGCUGUCUGCAGACUGAGAUCAGCUGAUGAAAUGAAUCAAGUCUGGUGUGCUGCUGCUUGGUUGGAAGAAAAACCUGCAGCCACACAGCCCUUUGUGGAACAGUUUGGACAUGCCUGUAACAACAGCAGAAAGCGAUACACAGAGGUCUGAGGAGCCAUAAACGACCCUCAACCAAAACGCCACUCUAUAGCCACAAAUAUUGCUCAGAACAGCACCUAACUUCAUCAACAGUACAUAUAGGGUCCCAGCCAUAGUACUAGCCACCAAACAUCUUUUUAACUUAGCCUGGUUUCUUAAGCAAAGAGACUAAACACAACUUACCUACUCUCUUCCAGCAGGCGCUUGUUUGUAGCAAGGACAAAAUAUAAUAAUUUCUUCAUGGAAAUGCAAUCAGACUAAGAUGCUAAGGCAGAAAAACUACCGUGUCUGCAGUGCAAAAUGAUUAAUAUGGUGAUUAUUACUUCAAGGAAAUGAUAAAGAAAUGAUCAUAAAUGUUCUACCUUGAGCUGCGGCACCCCACAGCAGUCCGUAAUGGACUGGCCUGAGGUCUCACUACAAACAUUCCCAAGUGUCAGACCAACAGACUCAGGAACUCCUUUGUCCCCCAGGCCAUCAGACUGUACAACUCCUCACUGGGGGGGUAGGAGGUGACUGAGGACAGUAGGGAAGAGGCGGCAGACACCACACACCCAGCUCACAUGCUUUAACCAUCACACACACACACACACACACACACACACACACACACACACACACACACACACACACACACACACACACACCAUCAUAUGCCACUUCUAUAUUUCAUUAGGAGUGUAUGUCUUUUUUCCAUCUCUAUGCAGACUAUGUACCUUUUCACUCUGCACUUUUUACCUCUGUGCGCUGUGCCUCUACUUGUUAAAGCUGCUGGUAAGCCGAAUUUCCUGCGUGAGUCAUCCCAAGGGAUGAAUAAAGUUUAGUUUAAGUCUAAGUCAAACAAGCAGCUGCUGGAAGACAGUAGGUGAGUUGUGUUUAGUCUCUUUGCUAAAGAAAUUAGGCAAAGUUAAAAAGACGUUUGGUGGCUAGUGCUAUGCUGGGGCUCUACAUGUACUGUUGAUGAAGUUAGGUGUGUUCUGAGCAUUAUUUGUGGCUAAAGAGUGGCGUUUUGGUUGAGCGAGUGGCUCUGUGUAUUGCUAUCGUGCGGUCGUUACUAAAGUUGGUAUAACUAGAGAAGCAAGCGGUCGGCAACAUUCAUCCCUCGAGGGGUUGUCUAACUCGGUGUUACGGUGUGUUUGACCCUAAAUUAAUUCUACACAGGAAUAUCCCUUUAAGUUCAAGAAGUUAUAAUUGGAAUGAUGAGAAGAAAAUUGACCAGAUAUUUAUCAGAAAUGGUAAAUAGAUGAUAGAUUUUUUCACUUCCCUGGUUGGUCCACUCACCCUUGUUUUAAAAAGUCUGGACAUGCCCCUGUUAUUAUACUGUAAUCAAGUUUACGUGGAUAUUUAGUCUUGGGAAUUUUAAAUGAUUGACUUUAAACUAUAUGCAUCAUGUAGCCACUAGGUGGUAGACUUAAAUUAAUGAUAAGCAUUUAACUUUCACAGAGCAUGCAUUCACACGCGUUCAUAAGAUUUCUCUUAUUUUUAAUUGAACUAUUUACUUUAUUCUUUCAGGAUACCUCUUAAAGAGAAAUAUAAGAACACCCGAGAAAUUCCACGAAUAUUCUGAGUGACAUUCAGAUAUUUUCAUUCAUGUGAGAGAGCAGGCGGCGAUCAAAAAUGAUUGACGUUUAAGAGUAACAAUUGGCUUACUGAAUAAAAUGACGUAGCGUGGCCGUAUCCCACUCAAGAGUCACGUUGUUUAAUUUCUUUGAGCGUUUGUAGACAGAGAGUGGGGGGGUGGGUGUUAUUUUGAAAGCAACAUCGCGGAUGCACCCCUGCGGUAGUGAUUCGAAAACCGAGCGGAAACGGGACACGCCGGGAUUCGAAACCGAGCGCACCCGAUCUGCUGAAAAACGAACGUAGUGACGCAACGCCUUUGUGUCGGCAAAUCACGAUGCACGCUGGGCGGGCAUUGUGAAGCUGGAGUGGAGCGUUAGCAGGCUAACUAGAGAAAGAAAGCUAAUCGUGAGAGUGGAUGUGGAGCUAAUGGGGGAAAAGGCAACUGUCAAAACAGCUAAGGAGAGCCGUAAUUUCACCGGAGUGGCGCUUCUGUGAGAUGACUUCAUGAACUGAGCCGUAGCGUCUUAAACAGAUGUCCGAGGAGCCUUUUUAUUCGGAUACUACACCCCGAUUGUCCCAAACGGAAACCAUUUCUGGACUCACAGUUCGUGUUAGCUAGCUAGCUCAGUAAACCCCACAUCCAGGAGACUCCUCACUGUCGCCUCUAAAAACUCCAAAGUGAAUGUUGAGUCUGUCAUGAGUCCGGCCGGGUGUUCCCAUGUGAACGGUUAUAAGGUGGAUAAUUGGAAACAAAACCUCCGAGUCAUUUACCAAUGCUUUGUUUGGAGUGGUACUGCUGAGACGAGGAGACGCAAGGUAAAAACACAGGAACUGCACCGUUAGCUUCAAGAAAGUUGAGACAAAAUCUGUGAAAUGUGGCACAGAAAGUGGACAGCGAAUGAUGUCCCGCAUAAAGCACAACAACAAAAGGGGUUUGGAGUGAAAUUACGGUCCGAAUAAAGCUGUAGUUGGUGGGUUUAGCCAGCUAAGGUGGUCACCGGUAAGUUAGCUUAGCAGAGCUGCGGAGACUGGCAUCACAACUGCAAUAUUCGUCUCUUUAUUUGGAGCUCAGGCAGAUGUUAGUCAAGCCUGUUUGUGUCAAGAGAUGCUGGAAACUAUACUCAGGUUCGAACCGCACCAAAUGGACCCAUUGUGUUGCUCCCCCCUCUCUCUCUUGGGUAACAGUGUUUUUUCAAGAGCCUGUUCGGUUCGGGCUCAUCUCACACCUUUACAAUGUGAUGUCAUGACUGGACCGGGUUGAACCCCCUCCUCCCCUCCUUCCUCUUCUGCCAACAUGAACUUGUCUUUUUUUUUUUGUUGUUUUCUGCUUUAAUAUUCAUUUUGAAAACCCCUUACUUGUGCAUUUUCUUAUAUAUGUCAUAUAUUUUUAUGUCCUUGUGAUGAAAUAGGUGCUUCAGAGUGAUGCAGGACGGACAGAGUUGGUGAGUUGAUGCUUAACCUCCCCCUCCCUCCUCCCCAUCUACACUGACAUACUGUACUGUAGGUAGAUCAGGUGAUUUUAAGAGCUGGCUUGCUUUCUCUUCUCUCGCUCACCUUGCCUUGUGUGACUCGGUGCCUUUUCAUUUACAUGGGUUGAAUAUUAGAUGUGAAGAUCUCAGCCCUGUUUUUGUAUUCUCUGCGUUUCAGUCUAGAGAGGGAGUGGACUGUGCUAAAUGGUCGAUGACCCCUUUGUGUAAGAGUGUUAUGAUGACAUGGUUUGGCGUUUUCAGCUCGUCCAAACCCUUUUAAACAGGGUCUCAUUUACCCUGAAGUUGAGGUUUUAAAAUCAUCAGCUUGUGCUCAUGAGGCUGAUCGAAAAGUAAAUAACUAAUGUCUGCAGUGAAAACGCUAGUAUUGAACCCUGUGCUGUUAUGAUCCAGCCAAUGUCAUCUUUUGUAAACAAUAAUAGAAUUAACAAUUAUCGAUGUUAGGGCUGGGCGAUAAAACGAUAAUGAUAUAUAUCGAAAAUUAAUUUCCCUCAAUAUCAAUAUAAAACAUGGUCAAUAUCCUUUUCAGUAGUCGGCAUUCUGACAUGUUUUGGUAGACUUAAUAAUUAGCCAAUGAAAAGGGGAGUUGCUUUGCGCUGAAGUAUUUUAGGCUGCAGCUACACGCAACCAUGGCAAUUUAACACUUGAAGCCGACAGCACUGCUGGUGAGAAAAAAGAAAAUGAGUGCUACCCCCGACAAAAAUGCAGAUGAAGGCUCAACAGAUGACGACAUCGACGACAACACUGGUAAAAAAAGGUCGGUGGUGUGGAGGUAUUUAACAGAGUAAUGUGCAAAUUCAGUCAAGUACAUUUUCUAGUAAAGUCGGGGAAUACCUCAAAUCUUUUUCACCACCUGAAGCAGCGCCUACGGGGCAGAGCACGCACAAAGCAAAAGGUUAAAAACCCCGAGCGGAGCAAGCAGAAACAGCCGACCAUUCAGUCUGCUUUCUCUAGCGCAACGCUUUACGACAAAACGUUGAAGAGACACAAAGACCACACAGAUGCAGUAGCUUGUUGUAUUGCUAAAGACAUGCUACCAAUAAGCACUGUUAAAUUUCAUCUUUUAUAUCGUGAUAUAUAUCGGUAUCGACUGAUAUGAAAAAAACAUAUAUUGAUAAACUUUUUCCCAUAUCACCCAGCCCUAACAGAUAUCAACAAAGGCAGUAUCUGUGGACCUCGUUCCUUAAGUCCAUCUGAAUCAAAGUAAGCAUGUUAUAAAAUUGAAGGGCCACUUGUUGUUUACCUGACAGAAAGGACAUCCGCUGAAGCUCAGAUAGUAUGUCAGAGGUGCUUUUCUAUAACUCACUUCUGAUCGGUUCACAAUGUUCCGCUCAGCGCCCCUAGGUGUGCUCAGCUGAUGGAAAAUUUGGCACAACAGCCUCACUCACACGACUGUUGUUCUUGUAAAUAUGAUGUCUGAGGCAACCAGCACUUUCAGACGAGGUUUACCUCUGAUAAAAACUCGCCGUGUCUCUUCUGCUUUGUGCAUAAAACACUCCUCCUCCAGGUUUACAGCCUUUGAGCUGAGAAAACUGACGGUUAGACAGUAAUCAGAGAUCAAUUUCAAGUACUCGUGUUUGGUUUUGGAGCUGCUAUUAGCACUCUCGGCGAUUUGGAUUGUGUUUUUAAGCCCUGAUCGUCGUCUGUCUGUGUCAUCUGUUGGUGCAUUUCUUCUCCUAACAAGUAAGCGCCACUCUCUCUCUUGUGUCACUGCGCUGCAAAACAACAGUGGCCUUGUAAUCUUGAAUAUAACGUUACAUAACAGACAACAAGCCUUGCUAUGUUUCUAACAUUGAAAAAAUGCCGUUUAAUACAAGUAGAAAAAGUGAUCUGACAACUCUGGGUGUAAAAUUAGUAGUAGAUUUUUUGGCUGUUAUUAAAGUGAGGGGAAAAGAUUUAAUCCAAUGCGGAGUUCUCUGCUGCACCAAUGCUGAUCAUGGUAUAGGUAUCAUAUGGACAACAUGGUAUAAGAAAACCUUUAUAUUCAUUUACAUAGAGAUGAAGCUGAUUAUAUAACCUGUCAUUUCUUUAUCUUGUAAAAUUGUUCCUACAAAGUGGUCAGGCUGUUGCAUUUCUGUACUCUGAUGCGUCUGAUUUUGUUGUGCAACAGCUGUCUAACAUCUGUUACACUGUUUACCUGGUAUCUCAGACACUUGGUGGAACAGGUGACUUAUGGAGAGAGAGAAAGAGAGAGAGAGAGAGAGAGGGGGAGAGGAGACAGCAGUAGCUCCUCCUGAAUAAAGGGUCUUCUCCCUGCUGCUGAAAUGCACUCCAGGAUGUGGCUGUAUGAGAGUCUUGUGAUGCACACCCUCUUCACUGAGGCUCUUACCCACCUGACUAAUCUGACAUGCAGAGCAGGUGUAGUGCUGCUCCGGUGGUACACAGGCAGGGCAUCCUCUUGAGGUUUUGCUUUUUGUUUUGCGCAGAAUAAGCUGCACAGAGACGUCACAUCAUCGGAUCUUUGAUGGCGUGAAUUGAAGAUGCAUACAGAAUUCCCUGCAUCCGCCCUUGCUGUGUUGAAAUCUGUCUUUGAAUAGAUAGCUAUGACAUUGAAGGGUUCUCUGAACGUUACCGUGUCCAACAAAACAAGGCAAUCGUGUUGAAUAUGAAGUAAACAAUGCAGCUAAGAGGCCGCUUUUGUGCAGAGAGAGGUUGAAGUAAAUCACUGUCUGUACUGAAGAAUAGAAAAAUUCACUUUGACAUUGUGUUCGACUUGUUUCAUUAGCUGGUGCCUCUUUAUCCUGAACCGAUGCUUUCCACCUCCCUCUUUUUUUUUUUUCUUCAUUUCUUUUCCUGCAGUCUGUCCUCAGCAGCAUCCCUGCAAGCUGUCCUCCUCUCUACCUCAGGCUAAAAUCAAUGUCCAAGCAAUGCGCAGGGGCAUCGGUGGAAAAUGUGUCACCUGCUCUGCAUGCACAAUCUGAAGCAUGAGGAACAAACGGCAGGAAUGAAUGUCAGAGAUAUAUGGGUGUUGUGCAGGGAUGACAUGGCAGUGUGUUCAGCCUGGGGUCUGUAAUCAGGAAACAUUAGGAUAAGAAUUCAUUUGGCGUAUUUGUUUAAGGGUGAAAUGCCCCGUUAGUCUGGACUAAGGUUUACAUUGAUGCACAGUGUGUCCUCUGGAAGUCACACACAAACACGUGUCAGCCGUAAAUUAUGGUGACGGAUACAAAAUUGUCAUGGACUUAUCCAGCCCUCCAGUCUGAUUUGAUUACGUCUUAAUCAUUCUGUUUGUACAAACAUUAAUGAUACCCAAAUAAUUUCAUAAUUUUACAAGGAACAAAGUCUCCAUGGAGAGAACGAUUAAAUGCAGAUUAAGCAGCGUGUCAAAGAAACUCCUCGAAGAAAGAUGGAAUGAAUCAACAAAAAUGCAGAUUUUCUUUUCUUUUUGAUGUUAAUUCAGUUUAAAUCUGGGCUGCAGAAAUUAUUGAUGUUUCACUUUGAUUUAAAAGGGUUGACUGAUUAUCGAGGCUGAUAUUUAGGAUUGGAGCUGAUAUCAAAAAUAGAGAUGCACCAAUACUGAAACUGAUGUUUGAAAUAUCGAUUUAGAUGACCAUCGGCUACUGACAUCAACGCAUGACACAUUAUUUACAAAUUUUCCAUGUCUGUCAGCAAAGCCGAUAUUUGCCGAUAACGAUGUUCAGCUAAUAUGAAAAACAAACGUGUCGUGAUGUCCGUUUUUUCCAGUGUCGUGCCGCCCAACUUUGAAUGCACAAAACUACCUCUGAAGCGGUUUUCUCCUCUGCACCUUGGUGUCAUUGUAUUGCUCAUGGUUGAGGUGUGCUUCAUGUCAAGGGCUGUCAGUUAGCAGAAAGGUUCUGAUUGGCAAUGCAGUGUUGCCAGAGGGGCUACACCCGCUGUCACUUCAUGUCAUGUAACAGAAAUGGGCUCUUUCAGAGCGCAGAGGAGGAACUAUAUUUCUCACACGGUUCCCCUUCAAUUUUCCCCGGUCUUUUAUUUUGAUCCCUGUCUUUUCAUGUAUUAUUGCUGAGAGUGUAUGUUUAGUGAGCGAUUGCCAGAGUGCGGCACGUGAGCCUUUGUCUGAGCAGAUUUCUUAUCAUUUCCUCUCUUAAUUGAGAUUCAUGUUCCACCGGAUUGCCAAGUGCCAUUUAAGCAGCCUUGCAGUGAGGACGGCUCGUGGAUAGAAACCUGCCCUUGCUUUUAACAGUUGAAUUCAUUCUCCUGUUUAGGCCCAACUCCAGGCGUAUUCAUAAUUUAUACCUAGUGAAUGGCUGUGGUUGUAGAUGGAUAGUGUGAAUAUUCAUGAAGGGCAUGCUUAUUUAUUUUGUGUGUGCUGGUCCAUGCAGCUAGAUGGACUUCCAAUUUACUAUCUGGAAGAUGAUGCUUUAUGUAAAAGGGUGGACCCAUGGAGGAAUCUGCCGUGCUGUUACAGCAGAGCUAUUAUCUUAGGUUGAGUGGAAAUUGGAUGGGAUGAAAGCCGGGCGGGUGGGGCUAGGAAUUUUCUACUGCCAUAAACUGCUUUGAAGAAUUCGCUGUCACUUUGAUUAAAGGGGUGAGGGUCGUGAUUAGAGAGCUGACUGAAGUCAACUAUUUUAUCUUGUGGUUUUGAUAAAUCAUAUAUGAUCAGAGGAAUCUCCCCCACCUCCCCCACAUGCACACACCCAUUUCUCACCCCGUGCAAAGUCCCUCUCUUCGAGUGAGGAGGAAAGAUGAGAGAGAAAUCACUUUCUAGAUGUUGCAAUGAUUUUCAAAGGUUGAAAAAUGGACGUGUUUCCAGCCCUGACAUACUCACUUCCCCGUGUCACUUUCCUCUCUUCCCUGUUCUUUCACUUCACUCACACUCCCAACAUACAAACACACAGAAAAUGCACUGAGCUGCAGCCAAUCCCAGAGAGCAGCUGAUUCCUGUGCUGUGAGCAGAUCUCUCUGUGUCAGAUCAGUCUCCCAUCACAUCACAAGCCUGCACCCUGACUCAUCAGCAUACGUUUGUAGCAUCAGGAUCUUUUCCUCCAGCCUCUUCAUAGCCUCUGCUUGUUCCUCUUCUGCGCUCACUCCCACGCUUUUUCUUCCUCCUUUUUUGCACUUUCGCUUUUGCAAACCUAGUCCUGCCCGCUAUUCUUACAGUCUCUCGAUUAUCCUCUUAAAUCUGUGCAAAAAUGCUCCUGCUGGUUACCUCUUUAUUGUCAUUACACUCUGUUGUUGCUGUUUUUAAACUACAGGAAGUAUCCUCUGCAUUGACAAAGAUAUCUUUUUCUACUCACAGAGGUUUUUAAAUGCAGUUUUCGACAUCAUAGCCAAGCCUCUAAUUCAUUCAUUUUCCACUCUCCCCAUCCUGUCCUCUCCCCCCCAUUGCUCUGCCUCUGAGACAACACUUAGUGGGUUCGGUGAUGUCAGACUUUGCUUUCUGGCCUCCAUCCAGACCUAUCUCUUCCAUGUCUGUGCACUCACAGUCACUCCCAAGUCUUGUCUAAUGUGGCUUUCGCUCUGUCAGUCACUAUGGCUGUGGCAGAAUGACUCAGACUAGACUAAUAGCACAAGGUCCAUGACCUCCUUCCAAGAGUAAUCGUGGGUCUGGUGUGUCACCUUGUGGUGUCCUUUUUUUUCGCAUGCUAUUUCCUUGUAAAUUCUUUCAUCCCAUACAGCCUCCCAUAGGUAUUCAACAUCAUUUUUCCACAGUAUGGAGGCGCUAAAAUGUGUUUGAGGUUAGUCAUUGCACUCGCCGAGCUGAAUGUGCUCUGCAACGCCGCUUCCUUCCAUGGCUUUUUGCAGAUUGGAGGUGCUAAAGGAGAGAAAGUGCUUUGGUACAACAUCGAGUGGGAGCUUUGUCGCCUUCUAUGCUUUUGCAAUCUUCAAAGAGAGAACGAUCUUGGAGGGGAAGAUACACUUAUGGCAUUUAAAGUGAAAAUUGGUGGUAAAGAAAAGCGUCUGAUGCUGCACAAGGCCUCUGAAUCACAGCAGGGACAUUAUCAGCAGGGAAGAAGUUGGGAGGAUACUCAUGAAAAAUACAGUGUUAAGUGUGUUUAAUAACUUAGACACAAUUAAUCAAACUUUAAUCAGGAACACAAUUUUGGUCUUGGCUGUAUACAUGUGUGCUCAUGUGCAUCAAUUGCUAAUGUGAAGUCAAAUCUAUGGUAAUGGAAAUAUAAAAUCUACUGUUUGUCCAGUGAGGUUGGCAGAGGUGACAUCAUAAAGCAAGAAAAAAUAUUACAACAAAUAGAUGUAAGGUUCGCAAGAUGUGCUACAUGAAAAUAAAAUACUGUGUAAAUAAGACAAAUGCUAAAUUAGCUAAAAAGUAGAAAAAAAUGUAUAAAUUGCAAUAUCUUGUAUCAUAGUACUCACUGUAAUGCAAAAUAUUAAAAAUCUCAAUGAUAUCGUAUUGUGGCCCAAGUAUCGUGAUAAUAUUGCACCGUGGCCCAGGUAUCGUGAUAAUAUCGUAUUGUGGCCCAGGUAUCUUGAUAUUAUCGUGUCAUGGCCCAAGUAUCUUGAUAAUAUCGUAUCGUGGCCCAAGUAUUGUGAUAAUAUCGUGUUGUAAUAAUAUCAUAUCGUGGCCAAAGUAUCGUGAUAAUAUUGCAUCGUGGCCCAAGUAUUGUGAUAAUGUUGUAUCGUGAUAAUAUUGCAUCGUGGCAGGAGUAUCGUGAUAAUAUUGUAUCAUGGCCCAAGUAUCGUGAUAAUAUUGCAUCGUGGCCCAGGUAUUGUGAUAAUGUUGCAUCAAGGCUCAAGUAUUGUGAUCAUAUUGCAUCGUGGCCUCAAGUAUCGUGAUAAUAUCGUAUCGUGGCCCAAGUAUUGUGAUAAUAUCAUGUUGUAAUAAUAUCAUAUCGUGGCCAAAGUAUCGUGAUAAUAUUGCAUCGUGGCCCAAGUAUUGUGAUAAUGUUGUAUCGUGAUAAUAUCGCAUCGUGGCAGGAGUAUUGUGAUAAUAUUGUAUCAUGGCCCAAGUAUCGUGAUAAUAUUGCAUCGUGGCCCAGGUAUUGUGAUAAUGUUGCAUCAAGGCUCAAGUAUUGUGAUCAUAUUGCAUCGUGGCCUCAAGUAUCGUGAUAAUAUCGUAUCGUGGCCCCAGGUAUCGUGAUAAUGUGAUAUCAUGGCUGAAGUGUCAUGAUAAUAUGGUAUCGUGGCCAAAGUAUGGUGAUAAUUUAACUAUCGUGGGGCCACUGGUGAUUCCCAACCCUACCAUUUAACGCUGCAUAAAACCACAUAUCCGGUGCCAGUGAGGGCCCGAAAUGUCUGCAGAUUUGUUGUCUCAGUCUAGCUCUGGCAAUAAGUGAGAAACAAUGUAUUUAUGUGUCUUAAAUGAAACUUAAUUUAAGUAAUUGCCCCUAAGUCAUAGAUAACCCUAAUUAUAAAUGGUGAUGUCAUCCUAAAUCAAAUUAAAAGCGAUAAUCAUGUUAUCUGUGGUUGUGCAGCCCUAACUUCGGUCAUAAUGCGAAGGGAUUUUAGUCCUUUUUUGGUCAGCGUUCAGUGUGUAUGACUAAGGCUGAGUGUGUUCAGAUUGAGCUCGUCAUCGUGUUAAAGAGCAUCCAGCUCUUCUCUCAUUCGAUUGCCCCAACAGGCUCCGGAAAGACAUAACUGCUUCAAAGCAUGCUAGUCAUGGCGAGAGCCAGCCAAUGAGGCUGCUGUCCAGCCCUCCCUUAGUACCACCAUCUGGCUAAUGAGCUGUCAAUCACUCUCCAGGGGCCAGCCAAGCCCAAAACCAAAGAGGCGAUCAAUCUCCUCUAGUGUGGACACUCAAUUAUUCCCCAUUGUGAAAACCUUUGGCCCAAGUGACAGCUUUUCUUGGGACACAGCAUUUUAUCUUGAAGUAGUUCUCUGUCCUUGUGAAAGGGGUGAGAAAUGUGGCUUUAGACCUUUGCUGGAUAAUUUAUUACUUCAAGUUUGCACUAAAUAUACUCACCUUUAAAGUCUGUAGUCCACUAAUAGCACAGCUGUGGCUCUAAUCUGUCUGUAGGGCUCAUAGGUCCUCCCUCAGGUAUUGUUCAGGGCCCGCUGGAUCCUGAUUGGUGCAGUAGGGAGGAGAGGGAUUCAACAUGCGGUCCAAGGAUGACUCUUUAGAAGUGCUGUGCCAUGGGUGUCAGUCACAUCAGCAGCCCCUCUCCGUUACAUUUGCGUGGGUGGUUGUGGGCGUCUGGUUGCUGCAAGGUUUGACAAAUGAUCAAGCGGCCUUUUGUUGAGCCGGAGCGAGACUGUUAGCCAUCUGUGCAGGCAAACACAAACACACUGCUGUCUGAAUCUUUCCCUCUAGCCUGUAAACGUUUGUCAAUAUUUUUACAUUUCAACCCCGGCCAGUCUGAGCACUGGUGAGGAGGGUAAACGUUGGCUUGUUGUACUUGGGCGAGAGUAUUUCUUCUGCUUUUCACAACAGCUCUGUAAUGGUGCUGGCAGUUUUUCUCAUCGUGGGUAUCCUAUUAGAACCCUGUGAGGACGUUUUCUGAAGAGUUUAUAGAAACAGAUUUGAUUAUUUACAAUUUAAACCCAAUGUUUAGGUUAAAAUAGUUCAAAGACAACACAAAAAAUUUUGUUUUGUGAAAAAUAUGCUGUAAUUUUGGAUUUGAGCCCAGCAACACAUAACAAAACAGUUGGGACAGAGACAACAGGACACUGAGGAAGUUGUGUAAUCUGAAAAUAAUACCUGAGGGAGCAUCUCCUGAUUAAUUAAAAUAAUUUACAGAAGGUUAGUUACAUGAUUGGAUUUGAAGGGGGCAGCGUCGCCCUGGGAGGGAUUGGGAGAGGAAAUAGUUCAACAGUUUCAGAACAAAGUUUCUGAGCAUUUAAUUGCACAGAAAUACCAAACCAGAUAACCAUAGGCACUGAAUUAGAAUUGGCAGGACUCUGCCCUGGGAGUGACUGCAUCACAUCUGAAAAUCCUUACCUGGGAUUUCCACCGCAUCCGGAACACAAUCACGUGAUUACAAGUUGUCUUUAGCCACAUAGGCUAACCAUAUAAGCAGUAGAUUGUGACCUUCCAGAGGUGGAAAUCUACUUCUAGACUUAUAAAAUCAGCAUCUCCUCAUUCAUGAUGCCAUGGAUAAAAUACUGUCUAUAAACUAUUCACUUGAUUGUUCACGCCUGUUUGCGUGGUGUGAAAUGCGAUCCAUCUAAAACACUGAGAAUUUAUUUUGAAAAGAAGCCAGAUGUUUUAUUUUGGGUCGUGCCCGGAUUCCUUUCCAGCACGGGUAAAUCUGUGCAGAAUUUAUCCAGCAUGCUCCGGCGUCCGGAAAAAAUAGAACUCUUGCGAUCAACUGCAGAGUCCGGCGAUCUGCAGCGGAACGGAAAGAAGCCGGCGGAAAUUGACACAUUAACUUGAAUGGUUAUGAUCAGCUACCAUCAACUAUAAUCAGGGGAUCGACCUUUUUGUAGCCAUUCCGGAUACGGUGGAAAUUUGGGGUUUCCAAAGUGGGGAAACUUUCUAUUUGCGUGUCAAAUAAUGUACUGCUCUAAAGCGAAUGGCAGUUGGUAUCCCUGAUGGUAUAAGACGCUGAUGUGCCCAAUGCAUGGCUAGUUCACACUUCGGUUAAGGCACAUUUUUAUAGUAAUAGCAAUAUAUUUGCAUAAGUCUUUGCAUUAUACAGCAAGCAGAUGUCAAACUACAUUUCGCAUGUAUUACAACAGUGAAGAAUAGGGGUGCUUAAUAGUCCCAGUUUAUCACUCAUUGAAAAAAUCUUGGGCAAAAUGAGAUGCAAAAAAACCAUAGGACAGUAUUUUAAUAAAGGUUUAAUUUUUACUAAUAUUAAUUAAAUAAAAAAGUUAUAUAAUCUGUUUUCCUGAACAUUUUCAGUGGGCUUGUAGCGUUGCCUUGUACCAUCGUGUAUAGAGACACACAUGACUCUUCAAACCAGAAUGUUAGUCCAUUAUGAAAUAGCAUUAGCAUACCCUCCUGGACUUACAUGGGGGGAAAACCUUUCCACUACUCUCUCUUUUUGCCCCCACACCCUUUGAUCUCCCGAAAAUCAAGAAACCACAAGUGCCUUAUCCAGUGAUCUUAAUCAGAUUCACACAUUCACGCCUCUGUUAAUCCGUCCCAUGUGCUGCUGCUCACCCUGCUGUAUCACAUCAACUCGCACAAACCCCCAAAAGGCAGAAAACUUCAUUUUUGAUCAUGACAUUAAAGCUACUCCACUGCGAGUAUCUCCUCCGUUAGUUCCACUUUGUCCACAUUUUAUUCAGUUUUAUUUCUUUUCUGCAGAUGGAAAAUAGCUCGACUCCACCAGCUGGGGGUUCGCGGUCUAGCUGUAAUGUCCUUAAAGCAGUUUGUGUGACAGUAUGAGGCCAAACUACACACUCCCUCAUCCCUCCUGCGAUUCAGAUUCAUUUGGAUGAGGUGGGAAUACAUUCUUCUCACGCAAAGUCCACACAGCAUGUCAUUGUCAAGUGAGGUUACAAUGAGCCGAUGGAAGUGAAAAGAGAAUAGAGCGAGGUGCAUAUUGUGUGCAUGUGCGAGUCUCCAGGGCUGCGUACUGAAACCGCAUUUCGCAGGCCGGGGGAAUUCUCAUGUGGAGAUAGUGGGGAUGGAGUGGGGGGAUGCUGGGUUACAACAUCAUCCUGCCAAGGCGGCACUGACAGGCUGCAGCCCCACGGGGUCAGUCGGCAGCACGGUUCUAGAGCAUCACCAUUAGUUUCCUUCCCCAGCCUCCUCCGGCUCGCUCGUAGCAGGAAUGAAAAAACGGAAAGCUCCCUGUCCUUGUUUUUAAAUAAGCGUACGGAGAUCCUGCCCCUUCCCUGCCGCUUCCUUCGCGUCUUUUAUUGUGCAGCACGCAUGUCAGCCAUUGUUAAUUCUCAUUAUGCAUGAGCAUGUGUGUGUAGAGAAGCAUGCGCAGGCUUAUGAGAGCCGUGGUGAGUCACUGCUCUCAUAUAGCCGCGCUCUCCGCUCUGUAUUGACUCUCCCCUCCCCGGUCUGUUCUUUGCAGCAGCAGGAGCGUGCUCAGUAGAGCCAGACCUUUGUCCACAUCAUAAUCGUCCUCGUCUUCCUCUCUCCUACUCAGUUACAGCUCAUUGCAUUACUUGAUCUGUUGAACAUACGAAUGCAUUGACCUAAAUGCUAAAGGAGGAAUAACAGGGUCAGGUUUAAAGAAUGCAUGAAGAGGUGAUGGAGGAGUCAGGAGCUAGAUCUGAAACAACAGCGUGGUAUCAGUGUUUGCUGAUGGACACUUGCAAAUCCAGGAGGUGAACAAAGCUUGUAAUUGGACCUUAACUUCAUGUAAAAGAUAUAUUGGACAUCUAUUCAUUCUGCUAAUGCCUUUCAGCAUCUGUUAGUCUAUCAAUCAACAGCUCUGUACAUCAGCGGAGGCCAUUUCCCCGGACGCUGCGCAUAGCCCUAACUCGCCUCAAACAUCGCAUUCCAGAUGGGAGAGGCAUGAACUUGAGCUCGCUACCUGUUCGACACUUGUUCCAGUCAUCUGAGCCAGCGCUUGAUCAAUAGCUGAUCUAAUAGAACAUUAAAAGACCCCGGGUGGAGAGAGAUGCAGGAGUGCUGACACGGUGGAAUAGACAGGCUGUGAACCACGCGGUGAGAGGCUGAGAGCACACGGAAGACAACAAGGGAGAGAGGGGGGGGGGUUCGGAGAUAGAUUUUCUGCCUGCUAAAGGGGUGUUAAGGCAGGGGAGGAGGGUGAAGAGGAGGGCAAGGCGUGGCACUGGCAGGGUUGCUUGUUUUUUACUUGGAGUAGUGGUGCAAUGGAGGAGUGGGGACUUCGAAAAACCACCGCUAAAGGAUGCACUGGAAUACCUGUUUGUACGUUGAGUGUGGCCUGUAUUUCUUAUUUUUUUGUACGGAUAUGUCGGGUUUGAUUUACACUCUGCAAACGUAGUAAUUCCUCAAGCUUCAUCCCCUUUUCAUCUCCUCUGUGUCCUCCUCUCCUCUCCUCUCCUCUCGGCAUGCAAAUGCAACAAGCUCUGUGCUUGAAAUGUAAUUCUCUUGAUCUUGAUUCGGGUGACCUUCAACAAUUCGUUUCCUCUCACGCAUCCCCCCACCGCAGAUUCUGUGCUACCCCCUUCUCCCACACACCCUCAUAAAGCUGGCUGGCUCACACACCAAUAUGAAUAAAAACAGAGCUUAGGGUCCGCCACCCUGAAUAUCCCCUCUACUGCAAUGUCAUCACAAUUUAGCUCACGCCUACUAAUGCUCAGCCAAAACACGCACCAGGCUGUGAGUUUUGCAGCCUAUCUGUGCUGCAGUGCAUUGUAGCAUAUGCGUGGUGUUGCAUGUAACGCCGGUGUCCCUCCUAGCAUGCCAUGACACAGGGAAAACGAACACUGGGUUUUCACUAUAUCCUCUGUUAACCUUUCUACAUUACACUGUAACUUCAAUCUCGCUCCCACUUGCUUAUGCAGAAUUUUCCACUAUUUACGCCCACUCCUACAUAUGAGCUCUCAGUCAUUGCAGAGAUUCUUCUGCCUUUUUCACAAGAUUUCAGCCUCUUAACCUCCAGAUGGUGUGGAUUCAUUUUUUAACCAUUACAAGUAAAGUAAUUAAAAACAGUUUAUUCGCCACUUUUCAGGAGACAUUUGCUCCAAACGCGAGAAUAAAUAAGCUCACAGGCUUUAAUGUUCGGGAACUGUAUGGACGCAUUCCUUCAUUUCUGCCUUGAUAGGUAUUGAGCCGGUGGAGCCAAAGGCAUGCGCAGAAACAGCCUGGCUAUUAGAGCCACAUCACUAAUGUUGCAUCCUUUUCACCAGCCAAACUCACAUUUGAUUUACCAAUAAAACAUCAGAGAUCCAUCAGGUCUGUAGAUUUUGCAUUGAUUUGAGGCAGACACUCAGAGCUAAGGAAAGCUCAGUAACUCUUGCGUUAAUGUUUUUCUUCAGACCACUGCCAGAGCCUGCAUUUGUCUAUCAUUCAUCUUAUAAUAUCAAAUCACUAGUCAAAAUAAAGCUUUGUCAGAAAAAUGAACAUGAUAAAACCUAGCUAUAAUGACAGGACGUAAAAGAGAUAGAAGUCAGAUUAUACCUUGAAUGCCCCCCCCCGCACACCUCCUCUGUGAGUGAAGCAGCAGAGGCCUUCAAGGACAAGAAGCUCCUGUGAUGCAUGACAAGGAUGAUCCUUCAUUUGUCAAGAUUUCACUGUCAAAAUAUGUCCAUACAAAUUCUUUGGCGCACAACAACAACAACUGCUCUCUUCUUCUUCUUCUUUUUCUUCGUCUUCAAAGUGGUGCAGUCAGUCCCUGAACACAGAAACAUGCAUGUCACUAGUUUGUCUGUUUUGUGGUGUGGUUCAGUUGAAAAAAAUGUAUAAAUUGCAACAUAUUGUAUCGCAAUACUUGCUGUUUUCCAAAAUAUUAAAAAUGUCAAUAUCAUAUUGUGGCCCAGGUAUCAUGAUAAUAUCAUAUCAUGACCCAAGUAUCAUGAUAAUAUCAUAUCAUGACCCAAGUAUCAUGAUAAUAUCAUAUCAUGACCCAAGUAUCAUGAUAAUAUCGUAUCGUGGCCCAGGUAUUGUGAUAAUAUUGUAUCGGGAUAAUAUCGUAUCGUGGGGCCACUUAUCUUGAUAAUAUCAUAUCGUGGCCCAAGUAUUGUGAUAAUAUCGUAUUGUGGGGCCACUCAUCGUGAUAAUAUCGUAUUGUGGGGCCACUCAUCGUGAUAAUAUCGUAUUGCGCCCAAGUAUCAGGAUAAUCUCAUAUUGUCGCCCAAGUAUUGGGAUAAUACAGCAUCAUGGGACCACUUAUCAUGAUAAUAUCAUAUCGUGGCCCAAGUAUCAUGAUAAUAUCGUAUCGUGGGGCCACUAGUGAUUCCCACCCCUAGUGUCCACUCAGCGCAGAAUCAUGAGGGAGUAUUUCGGUGUGGUUUCUAUAGCUCUGCAGGCAACCUUUUGCUCUGUGAGGAUUUAGCGUAAUUGUUGACAUCAUCUAUAUACAUACUGCUCAUACAGAACAAUAAGAAGUAGAUUAUGUGUGGAAAUUAUAUCUGCCUUAUUAGACAGCCUGUUGGUUUUUAUAUCUGAGUGUUCAGCAAAACUGUGUUGGUGUUUGUUGGGCCGUGAGUUUUCAAAAUAAUCAUAAAAUCAACCUAAAAUGUGUAAAUCGUGCCGUUCUUUUGAAUAUCGCAGUUUUGAGUCAUCCUGUGGGUUAUUUUGUAAGUUAGUCAUAAUGGACAUUAGUCAUUAUUAUCCUCUAUUUAUUCCACUGCACAAACUGUCAAGUGUUAUGUGUCAUCCAAAGAGAAGGAAGUGAAACCAACCGGCCCCAGCUAUUCCGUUUCUCUGGAACAAUAAGCAUUAAUAUCGCUCAGACGGUGUCAGGUUCUACCAUUGUAUCUCCUGUCAAGAGAUAGCAAUAGUCAAACAAUACCGUUCAGGGUUGUUGAGUUCAUUCAAAGCUUCAGCUCGGUGCGGAGGUGUGCGUGAGUCUGCCUUGGAAGCUGGUUUCACACGGUGUACCAGAUACCCCAAAAACUGGCAAAACCUCUCGGCCAAUCACUGCGCGCCUCUUCACCUUUUCCCUUCUGUCGUCUCUGUACGAGUGUGUGAGUCUUUGUGGCGGGUCUGCACCCUGGAAGGCUUUGAUUAGAUCGCCUCUCUUCCCUCAUUCAAUUUCAAAUCCCCUUUUAGACGCGGGCUCGCAGCGGACUACCUUCUGCUGUACUUUGAGUGAAAGCAUUGAGUGUUCUGAACGCUAAAAGGGUUUUGCAUUUCCUUGAUGCUCCUAUUUUCCCUUUUUUUUUUUUUUUUUUUACAUCAACCAAUUCGCGGCGUUGAGUACGCGCUCUGAAUUCUGUACAUUUUGAACAGACCCUGAAGUGUAAUGGAUUUGGGAGUAGUCCGCUCCUCUUGUACCUUCUUAAACACAAUGGCUUUGCUGAGUGUCACGUCUAAAUCCUUUUUUGAUCACGAGUGGAGGAGCUGGUAAAGAGGCGUGUUAGUCAUCUCUAUGUUUGGAUUGUGUCACCUUAGAAAGAGCCUCCAUGUUACAGCUCUAGGGUCCAUGAACAAGCCCGGACAAAGGUGUAUGUUUGCAUUGUUCUCUGAAAUACAGCUCCUUCACGUACCUUCUUCCUGGAGUGAAUUUCUACCACGCUGUUUCGAUGUUGGCUCUGUUUUCUGCAGGUUAAUGAAGAUGCAAAGUCUCUUUAGUUACUUCUGAGUGCUGUAGUCGAACAAAACACACAAACCUCAGCUGAUACCAGUGAGAGCUUUCACUGGAUUCUGCCUCCUAUCUCUGGUGUGCCUUCCAAGCAUUAAAUCCCAUCAUGCCCUCCAUGUAUUAGAGAGUGAAAGAUGCAGUGUGGAAUAUGUUGUUAUUCAACUGAGCUGGAUUUGUCAACAGACCCGGCAAUCUUUAGUCUGUCCUCAUAUCAGGUCUCUUCAAGCACCGCGUCCGCCGAAGUGUUUGUGCGACUGACUGGAAGAUAGUAAUCUAAUUCAGCUGCCAGGGAGUUCCACUCCGGCAGCCUACGUCGCUCUACAUUAUAGCUCAGGGCUGUGUCCCACUGCGGAGGCUUUUCUCACCACACUGACUGUCCCCUCUCUCUCUCUCUCUCUCCCUUUUUUUUUUCCUCCCUGCUCUCUAUUCCCUUAUCCCCUCUUUACUCUGCAGGCCAAGUCGUGCAUCUGUCACAUGUGUGGCGCCCACCUGAACCGACUCCACUCUUGUCUCUACUGCGUCUUUUUCGGCUGUUUUACGAAGAAACACAUCCACGAGCACGCGAAAAACAAGAGGCACAACCUAGGUAAGCCCUGCACACACUCUCCAAACCGGAUAUAUUGAGCGAUCGUGUCAAAUAUUGUCCACGGCUCAGUCUCAUCACGUCAGCCCUCACAUUCACAUGCGCCCCGGUGGCCCGCUGCAGCAUCAGCCAUUAUCAGUGAAGGAUUACAGCAUUACUUUGGGCAACUUCCUCCUCAGAGCAGACAGGGAGCUAAACCUCGCUCUACCCGCAGCACAUUACCAUUCUGGAGGGAGCGCCUUAUCCAGUCAAAUGUCACGGGUUUAAGUUUGAACCCGCCCCUUCAUACAGCGGCAGGGGAGGGGGAGACACCGCUAAUCCAGAGCUAUGAGAAAGCCUCGCCUUAACCUUACAUGCUAAUUAAGCUAAAUAAGACAAAGACGCUAAUGAGCAAGAUUUUGAUAUUACUCUUACAGGGAUGUCUAAAUUUAGAAAUGAGACAAGCAGGAGAGGGGUUAGUAUUUUUGUGAAUGGCUUUAGCUGAUUUAAUGGAUUUCAACAGUUUGGUUACACACACAAACGCACACAUACACACACACACACACACACAUACCCCAAGUGGAUGGCUACAGUGUUAAUUAGCUUUGAGCUUUCCACAGGAGUCUCUCUGACACCGGCACUCUGUUCCUCUCUACCUCUAAUCAAAUUAUUCAAACUCCCCUGCCUACCAGACAGAAAGUAUCCCACUCAGGACUCCGAGUCCACAUUUGUAUCUCACACCCAUCAUGCCAUCUUCUGGUCUUUUUCCCACCUCUACCUCCAAACCUGGAAUGAACCUGGAAUUGUAAUUGUUUUAGGAAAAUGACACUUCUGAUCUAACUUGGAUACACCUUUUAAAAAAAACUAAAAAAUCAGAGCAGGAUCAUACUUACCGAUCUGUUGCGUCACCUGCCUCUGUGUUGCAUCAUACCCUCAUAUCACCACGGGUACCUACCUUUGAACUGUGUGCACCAAACAUGGCAGACGGCCCCUUUCUUCAUUCCCAAAUUCCAUUUUAUUCUUUAUUAACCUUUUAUUUAACCAGGUAAAAUCUUACUGAGACCAUGAUCUCAUUUACAAGGGCAACCUGACCAAGAGGUCAGCAGCACACGUCAUAAUAAAUGCCAUAGAUAUAAGGGAACCGACAACAAAUUCACGGUUAAAGUGCAACAAACAUUUUUGGACAGUUACAAGUUAAAAACGCAGUCAUUGUUCAAAGGAUUCUCGCUGCUUAUGUCAGUUUGUCGGACGAGAAGAGAGUUUCCUACUUUGAUUCAGCCCACAGUGAGUGGACAUGGACCGUUUAAGCAACACACUGUGCUCACAGAUUUCGGUUUUUGGGCCCAUGUAGUGAUAUCCACUACAGAGCUGUCUGAUUUUAAUGAACUCUCAAGGCCCACUACAAUACUCCAAUUAUGAUUUUCGGCCUUAAAUUCAUCAACUUUAGACCAUAAAUCCCCCUUUUGUUUUUUUUUUGGGAGCGUGUCUGAGCCCAUGCGGUGAUAUCCACUACAGAGCUGUGUGAUUUUAAUGAUAUCUCAGGGCUCAGUGGUUACUGUAAUCCCAUAAUGGUUUUCGGCCUUGUGCUUAACAUGAUUUCAUCAACUCUAGACAAUAAAUCUCUGAUGUUUUUUACAUUUUGAACUGCUCUUUCUUUUCUCCAGAAAGACUCUGCCUCUUCAGGAUGGUCUUUUCAGUCCUGUUGCUAACCUGGACUUGACCUAAUGUUCCUCCAGGUGUUUUUCCUCACAGCUUUCAUGACUAUUCCAGUUUUUUUUGGCGCCACUUUCCCAGUUUUUCUUAAUGAUUUUUCUGAUAUCCAGGGUUUCUACACAGUUGGAGUUUCCAUACUUUUCCAUGCCCUACUUUUUAAGAGUUAUUUUUGGAAAUACCUACUUUUCUACUUUAGAAAUAGUCUGGAAACCUUAAUAUUUUUCCAUACUUUAUUUUUCAUUUUCCAUGCUUUUUAAGACCUGGAAAUUGAUCAAAUUUAUUUCCAUACUUGAUAUCAGACGCAAAAUGGGCGAAAACGGAUGAAUCUUCAGUUCCAAGUUUUGAUAAGUUGUCUUUGAGCUGUUGUAAAUCAAAAUAGGGCUUCAUCAUUCUGCAAACCAUCAAAUGAUUGUGUGUUUUCCUCCUUUUUUUACGCUCCUCAUUUAUCUCCUCACUCGUGUGACUUUCAUCCAGAGGCGAUCGUCCUUCCCGGCGAGCACGCAACCACAAAUCAGAAAAAAAAAAACCAUCAAUCUGUGACAAUAACAUCCACACAGUCAGCUUUACUACAUGAUGUUCUAGCUUACUUUCCCAGUGUGGGUAGCGCCAAAACCAGAAAUAUGUCUGUUUAAGCUAAAAAUAGGUUGUCACGGCAACAGAGCCGAGGUAUUGUUGCCGUGGAGUUUGAGAAUGGAAGAGGACGGUGUGUUAGCAGAAAGCCAGGUAGGGGGGGGUGGGUGGGAGACAAAUACACCUAUUCCAUCAUCGCUCCCCUCGCAUCUCCUGAAAUUGUUCAGUGCGAGCAAUGAGACGGAAACAUAUUGCAGUGAGUGGAUAAUGCAGGGCGGGGGGAAGCACUUGUCUUGAGGCUGACUGUGCCAGCCGGGGUUGGACAGUAAAAUAAAACCCAAUGUGUGUUACUGUGGUGGAAAAAAUCUAUUUCUAAUUAUGAUUCAAUCUCCCUCUCUCUCUCUCCCUCUUUUUUUUUUUCCCUCUCUCCUUCCUGCUCCCAGCGAUAGACUUACUAUACGGAGGGAUAUAUUGUUUUGUGUGUCAAGACUACAUAUACGACAAAGACAUGGAGCAGAUUGCCAAAGAAGAACAGAGGAAAGCCUGGAAAUUGCAAGGUAUGGCCUUUUGUUUCCUGUCAGGGGGAACUUGCCGAGCGUUUGAAACGAGGCCAACUCGCAUCUCUUGAGCUGUCACAUUUGUGUUUGUUUGCAUCCGCAGGCAUAGGGGAGAAAUACACAACGUGGGAGCCGACCAAGAGGGAGCUAGAAUUAUUACGACACAAUCCAAAGCGGAGGAAAAUCACUACGAACUGUACCAUAGGUGGGGAAAUGUUCAGCCUGCACAGCUUUUCUGCCACUGACAACUGUGUGUGUCUGUACAUGUGCUCUUGAGGUCACUCUUGCAUGCACACCACAGCGUGUCUGCAUUUGUAUCGAGCCUCCCCAGAACUUGUUUUCUCUCUGUUCUGUUUCCUCUCUGAUCUGUUGCUUUGGUUCCUCUCUGCUCCCUCUUUUGUGUCUCUGCUUUUCCACACGCUGCUUUUAUUUUUCGCUCAGCCCAGUGUCCCCUGCCUUCCCUCACCCCCUUGUAUCUUUAAAGAGCUUGGCUGGUUGCCCUGAUUGGUUAGUAGACUGUGUUCGCAUGUGUGUGUGUGUGUGUGUGCGCACACCAGGAUCGGUCUGAAGUGUUAAAGCUCUCGCUGAGCGCUCUCUUCCAGAACCAAACCCUGCUUACUUGGAUUAGACCCAAGACCUGGCUGUGUCUCACCUGUUGUACUGGCCAUCACUGGAGGACUGUAGCUCUAUUUUCUCCCUCUAAAUGAAUCCAUUCACAGCUUUGGGGUCUGCUCCAGGAUACACACGGAUUUGCUGGCAGACCACACCAAACAGCACAUUGUUAAUUUUCCAGUGACACACAAAGAACUAUCUCACACUGCAAACGCAGGAGGGCGACUUUCAUGUACAAUAAGCACACAGGUGUAAUGUUUUCUGACUGUACCACAGGUUGUAAAUGUGGCUCCGUGGGGCUGGAAUAACUAAAGUUUGACUGUCUGGAUUUUGCAGUUUAUUGAUUAUGAAAUGUCAUUAAAAAGCGAUAAUGGUCUUUUUGAUUUUGCAGUUCUCAGCUCCUAAAAAUAAGCGUCUUCAUUGCAGGAGAAAGAUAAGAAACAUGCAUCAUGGCCCACUCGUACGAUAAUAUCAUGGAAUAUCAGCGACUCUGCAACAAACAGGGAUUAAUUUACUCAGUUGAAUUUCUAUUAAAACACCUAAAGGUCAAAUAAAAGCACAGGGAUAUACAUGCAUCAACCUACAAGUAUUUAGUCAAGUUUAUUCAUAAAGCAGCAGUCAAUCAAAGUGCUCUACAUAGGAUAAAUGUACAUAAAUAUAUAGAUUACAAUAAAACAAGUCGAAUAAAAUACAGAUGGUAAAAGAAUAAAAGCUACAGUGCCCAACAAUUUAGCAGGAUUAUGCCUUUGGUCCUUAUCAACAUGAUUUGGAUGUAAACAAGCACCAGAGACAGACAGCAGCUCUCGUUGUGGCACAGGUUUGAUCAGUUUUAUACACACUAUAUGAUCAAUAUUUCAGGUUUUAAUAAUAAAAAAAUGUAUUUUGUUUGUCUAAGCAGUUAUUCAUGAUAUAUGAAAGCACAGAAGACCAACAGCGACAAGGUUAACAGUCGAAAUAUUGUUAUUUGUAACGCCUGAAAUUACAGUCAGCUGCUGCUGUUUACAAUUUCCACUUAAAAUAUUCUCAAUAAUUUUUAAAUCUGACUCUUAAAAUUCCGUAGGAUGAGAUUUUUUUUAUUGACAGUUACGACUAAAGCAUGUAGAGUAGGGCUGGGCGAUACGUCCUCAAAUCAAUAUCACAAUAUAUCGAUCAGUUCACCUCGAUAACGAUAAAUAGAUGAUAACUACUCCACAAGCAGCUCACCCCCUCCCACAUUAACUUCGUCUAUUUCAGCCGCUACAACUUUUGAACCGUCCUCCAUCUCCAUUGAGUUGUUAUCGACUGGAUGGGGUGGAGUCACACCUCUGACAAUGAGACCAAAGCCUACCUACACACAUCCAAAACCAACUUUUAUUUAUUGAUUUUUUUGACACCGAUUAUACAGAUAUGGGCAAAAUGACGUUGGUUAUCGCCGUAAAUUUCUGUAUUGGUAAAUUGUGGUUUGUCAUCCAGACCUAAUGUAGAGGACAAAAUAGACAAAGACUGCUUUAUCAAACUUAAUGCUUUAACUUUAAAACACUGAGAACUUGUGCACUAACCCCUUUGGCUCCCGUCAUGCUGUCAUGCUCGGGGUGAUAUCACCAACAAUUCACGAUUAUUCACGAUUAUCACAAUCAGUCCACCCGGCGUAAGUGAUUUUCUUUCGUCGCAGCAUAACGAGCGUGAUUGAUUUUUAUUUUCUUUCUGCUUCGCCUUUUAAAAAGUGACUCUAACUUCCACCACUUUACAGUUUCCCCGCUGUCCUCCUCUUCUUUUAUCCUGCUGUCAUCUCCUUCUCUGACCCAGAAACAGCUGCUUACAUUACCUGCAUUAAUGUCCAUAAGAAAUCCAUGAGAGUGCUGUAUAUUUGUCAAAGAAGUUGUCAGCCCAGCAUUUUCAUAUCACUAACUGUUUCACAAGAAUCGGGACGAUGACAUGUCGCCAUAUUGAUAGUUUGCCCCACCCCGGCUAGUUAGAUAUCCUAUCUAUCCUGUUACACACAUUGUCCUUUUUCGCCAUGUCCUCUGAUUUAUUACUCAUGAAGAUAUCAGCACUCUGUGUCCUCAGGGAUGGUUCAGAUUCCCUCCUCAGGCAGUAACGUAUGAAUCACGCCAUGUUUAACCAUCUUCGCCUCUUUGUUCUCUCUUCCUCUCUCUCUUUUCUCCGCAGGUUUACGAGGGUUAAUAAACCUGGGCAACACGUGUUUCAUGAACUGCAUCGUUCAGGCCCUAACACACACGCCGCUGCUGCGAGACUUCUUUCUCUCCGACAGACACAAGUGCGAGAUGCAAUCAAACUCCUGUCUGGUGUGUGAGAUGUCGCAGCUUUUUCAGGAGGUAUGAUGAUGAACGCGGUUUGUCUGCUCCGACUUAUUACAUCGACUUUUUCAUCCCCCCCUCCCCCCACUCCGAAAAAGAAAAAAAAAGACAAACUGGUGAGGAGGCAUAAUUUGAGAGCUUGAAUUAUAACACAGCUUAUAAUACAGAAUGUUCUCUCGCAGUGUAACCCACUGCAGAAGGCUGAGUCACUGUUGCGCUAUUUAUUUGAGUCCAAAGAGGGAGGCAGAGAGGAGGGAUGAAAUGCAGCUUGGAAGCAAUAUACAGAGCCGCAUUGAAAUGAAUGAGCAAAACGCAGCAAUUAUACCUUUACUAAACUUGGGAAUUAUGUCGCAGAGCCGGUUAUACACAUCCACAUCCUCGCGAACGAAAGUUGAGCAAUUUGACAUCCAACAAACUCAUCAGCCGCUGAAUGUUACGCAAUUGCUCCCACACCGCCUGGCUUUUUUUCUUACACCCUCUCACUUCCCUGUAUAUAUGGGCCCACAGAUGGCAAGUGGUGCUAUAAUGAGUUGAGUCAUUGCCCACCCCACCUCCCCAUCCCUCCCCUCAACACACACACACACACACAGAGCUCUGCCCCGUCUCGGUUUGCUGAACCUUUCAGCUACAUAACACACGAAGGAGGUAAUCGCUCACCUCUGUCUCGCAGGGAGGCAGACUGAUUGAGCAGUCAGCUGAAAAUUCAGGGGACUGUCAUACAAGAGGUAUUAUUUGCGUCACUCCCCGACACCCACUGUGUGAUUCCCUCCACGCCUCGUCCCCAACUUCCUAAUUUCAUUGCUUACUUUUAUCCCCCACCUUCAUCCGUUAUCCUUUCGAACCCUCCUCUGCAUUGUUGUCAGAAGCUGUCUACUGACUCUGCAGAGCUUUUAAGACGUGGAGGAGAGAGGUGCAGCCCGCUUUGAUCAGUCACACACUCGCCCCCCUCGUUUCCUCAUCUCCUUGUAGUGCCUUUCGUUUGUCAACCACCUUCAAAACUGCCUAAAAGGAGCCGAGUUUGUAAGAUUCAGGAGACGUCAGCGUGGCAUGUUUCCCCCCCUCACAGCUCAAUCAGACCCCUGACAGGGCUGCGAGGAGGAAAGCGAGGUGUGUGUGCGGCGUGUACACGUUGAGAAAUGAGAGCUCUCCUCGGCAUUUAUGAGCUGCGGUCGAAACUGCAUGUUAGCGUUUGCACUCUGCUCGGCUCCGUCACGUUCUUAGCCACAUCUCCUGACCCUGACCUGGAUUGUCAGUCACUCAAAUCCCCUCGGCAACUCAAAGACUCCGCAUCCCGCUCCGCAGAUUGACGUUUUCUUGCUCCGAAUCGCUCCCAUUCUGCAGCCGCUUUGUCCUCUCCGUAACCCGCCUCGCACCCUUCCUCUCUAUGGGUGCGCUGUCAUUAGAGGUGGUGGAAUUCAGGUCUGAAGAGACCUGCAGGAAAAAGCAGUUAAAAGCACCAGGAACUCUCCCUGACUGACAGAAAAUCUUUGUUAUGCCUCAGUUAUGAAUUAUUGAUGACAACGUGCACUGUAGCAACAAGACAGGAAAAGACGGGAUCAAAAAUGAUGUAACUCGCAGCAUCUGGAAAAAUAGGCUAACCGCCCUCUCUUAUUUAUCUCCACCACCUCCUCCUCCAUUUGUCUUUCUUUCUCACUUCCAGUUCUACUCGGGCCACCGUUCGCCCCACAUUCCCUUCCGGCUGCUGCACCUGGUGUGGACUCACGCACGCCACCUCGCAGGUUACGAGCAGCAAGACGCCCACGAGUUCCUCAUCGCAGCGUUGGAUGUACUACACAGGCACUGCAAAGGAGACACCAUCAGUAAGCUUUACAACCUCCAUUCCUGCUGAACACUCAGACAACAAACUCUAGUCAUAGUGCGAGUUCAGAUGCAGUGAGUUGGUGUACUUUGAGUGUGUGUUUGUGCGUUGUCCACAUUGCAACGACAAAACAAGGUGUCAGAGUAGAAAGGACAAACCAGAAGAUGAAUCAGAAAACAGUGAGGCGAACAGGGACAUUUUUAUAUUCAAAUACACACAUUAUUGUCCGAAAAAGUAGAAGAAGAAAGUCAGUUUCUAUUUUAUGCGCUGCACUGAUGCAGCAUGAAGCCCUGCAGCUCCAGCCGUCUUCCUCUGCCCUUCCUCGCUGAAUUCAUUCCCUGAGGCUGUGGCUUCUUUAGUCCAAUCUCGGUAAUGUACAUAGAAUUAAAGCGAAGAAAGUGCUGCAUUAGCAAAAAACGUUGAUUUCCCUAUUUAAAAAAAAAAAAGAAACAGUUGAGGGUUGAUAUUUUAAGGCUAGGAAAUACAGGAUCCGUAUUGAGCACGUAAUGUCAGCGUCGCGUAUCACUGCUUAAGAUACGUGAUGAGUCUGUUUUCGCGUGUCAAUCUACACAAAGAAGAUCGUUCUAGACAGGGUAUCAGGCACGAAAAACCGCGUAUGUCAUGGGGUAUUUCAAAAUAAAACACCAUAUGCAAACUCUCGACUGUUAAUCAGUUUGUGUAGAUGAGAAAUACUUCCUGGUUCUGGAUUUAUCAGUAACACAGAACAAUCCGAUGGUCAAUCCCUCAUCCAUGUGGACCCCGACAGGACUUUAAACGGCUAAUUCUGUCUGAAGGUAACAGCACAGCAUAAAGAAACAUAGUUUACUUUAUUAAACAGGAGUAAACCUGCAAAAAACCUGAAACUGUAAAAUCACGUUGCUUUUUCACAUAUAGUAGAGGCUCAACAGUCACUGGAUUAUAUCAAAAUUAGCAGGAAAUGGACCACAGAAAGGCAAAACAAUUUGUUGUGAGCAUGUUGUUUCCUCUAUACUGAGUUCAGCUGAUCAGGGCUGCACUACGCUGCUGCAGCUGUCUAUUGAAAUAAUGAAGCUGUCUGUUGGUGUAAGAUUGGAGCAUCAAAGGUAAAUGUUGUCAGUUAUAUAUAUAUAAAAAAAAAGGUAUCAAAAUCGGUGAUCCGUGCACCCCUAGUCAGGAGUAUUUCCCUCCAGACCAGGACCCAAAAUAAGCAGUGUCAGCUGAGGAUGAGAGCACCGUUCCCUGGACUGUAUCAGCCACAUGCAGUUGUACCUUCAACCUGCCCAGAGAGCGCUCAGCCCGCCUUCACUGGAAACAUACGAAAGGAGACUGACAAUGGUGUGUGCCGAGGGGACGGCAGGCAGGCAGGCAGUGUGAAGAAUGCCAAUAGGCGCUGCUGCAGUGCAAUGACAGGCUGACUCACCCACACAGCCUGCAGUAAGGCAGGCUUCGAUUAGCCAAAGUGGAGGAUCCAGAGAGUUGUGAAGUGGAUGGGAGGAUCCGCUGCUGCAGGGGGGAGGGGGAGAGUGAGAAUGUGGGCUAGACGGAGUCCUUUAGAGGUUGUAACUACUAUCUGUGUUUGUGUGUGUAUUUUUACCUUCUGCUCUUUCUGGGUCCACAGGAGAUGACAACGGGAAGAAGGCCAACAAUCCAAACCACUGUAACUGCAUCAUUGACCAAAUCUUCACCGGGGGCCUGCAAUCAGAUGUUACCUGUCAAGUUUGCCAGUGAGUUUGAUCUCUAUCUAACGUGUGAAAAUGUAAAGAAGCAACGGGAACGGUUUACUCAUAACUGUGGCGAUACCUCCUGUCCUCCAAGAGCAGGUGAACCGCCGAUGUUAUCCUCUCUACCAGUCUGAUUUAAAGGCCUAGUCCCUGCAGAGCUGCUGUAAGCGGGGGGGUUUGUCUAGACAGCGGCACAGCCCGAGCGGUUGCCUUUCUGCCCCUUCGAGCUGUCCUGUCACAUUAACGCUAGCAUGCUGCACUGAACCGCGAAGCUCAGGAAAGCCAAGCCUAGCAGUAUUACGUGACGCUACAGUAAAAAUGGGGACUCCUGAAGUGGAGCAAAUGCGUUUACUUGUGUAACAUUGUGCCCCUCCAGCCCCCCCUGAUGCCUUUGUGCCUUAAAAACAUCAUGACAGUGCCCUCUUAGAUGCCCCAGGAGUGAAUAAAACAUUAUCAAGUUCUCUUGGAGGUGCCCUUACAAUGAAUAAAACAUGACAAAGUGCUCUUUUGAUGACCUUCCAGUGAAUAAAUGAGGAAAAAGUCCCACCUGGAUGCCCUUCCAGUGAAUAAAAUGUAGAAAAUAAAGGUGGACUGGUUCCCCUUCCUCUGGAUAAAUGCAAAGAGAAUCCCAUCUUGAUGCCCAUUAAUGAGAUUAAAAACAGAAGAGUCCCAUCUGGAUGCAUAAAAAAGUUCCCCCUGGAUGCCCUUCAUUAAGAUCGAAUGUAGAUAGAUGUAAAGUGAAUGAUGCACAAGCAAAGUUCUGCCUGGAUUCCUGAUGCUCUUCAAUAAGAUUGAAUCUGUGAGUCCCCUCAGGAUACCCUCCCAGUGAAUCAAGCGUCAAGAAUGUCGCCUCAGGAUACUUUUCCAGGGGAUAGAAACUAAAGAAAGUACCUCACUGAAACCUUUUGGUAAGAGAAAUUGAAAAACAACACCAUCUGGAUACCCUCCCAGUGAAUAAAAUGUAGAAAAUAAAGCUGGACUGGUUCCCCAAAGAAAAUCCCAUCUUGAUGCCCAUCAAUGAGAUAAGAAACAGAAGAGUCCUAUCUGGAUGCUCUUAAGCAUAAAAAGGUUCCUUCUGGAUCCCCCUCUACUGCCCAUCAAAUGUAGAUGCAUUCAAAGUGAAUAUUGCAUGACAAAAGUCCUGUCUGGAUGCCUCUCUGGUGAAUCAAGCAUUAUAGAAAGUCUCCUUUGAGGAAUGCUUAUAGGAAACAGGCAGUGGCAGCCCCUCUCUGAUGCGCUUCAACAAGAUUUCAUCCAUGAGUCCCCUCAGGAUACCCUCCCAGUGAAUCAAGCAUCAAGAUAAUCCCCCCAGGACACUUUUCCAGUAGAUAAAAACUAAAGAAAGUACCUCGUUGAUACCUUUUGGAAAGAGAAAAUGUAAAAAAAAAAAAAAAAGUACCCUCUGGAUACCCUCCCAGUGGAUAAAAUGUCAAAGAUUCCCUUCUGGGUUCAUUUUUUAAAAAAUAAGAGCAUAAAGAAAAUUUCCUGUGGAUGCCAUUUUGCUCAAUAAUACAUGAAGAUUGUCAGCUCGAUGCGCUGUAAUGAAUUAGAUGGAAGGAAAAAAAAAGGUCCCUCUGGAUGCCCUUCAAUAAGAUGUAACGUAAAAGAGUCCCCUCUGGAUGUGUUUCAAGUCAGUAUAGCAUGAAAAAGUCCCCUCUGGAGGCACUUCCUGUGAAUGAUGCAUAAAGACAGACCCUUUUAGGUAAAACAUGGCUACCCAACCUCUACGAACUCAGACCUAGGCGACCUGCUGCUGAGGGUUCCUAUCUCAAUUUGGUGCCCUUUUUAUUUUACCGACCCUUAAACAGUCUGUUCACGGCACUGCUUGAAGCCGAUAUAUUUCUCAGACUGCAGUCCAUCACAGUCAACUGGAGGUAAUAAUAUGAAUUCCUCAUGUAAAGCCCAUUUCCUGAUGUAACACUUCAUUGAAUUGCAAAUGGACCUUGAAGAACAGUGUCGAUAUAAACUCAUAAUGCUGCAGCAGGCUUAGGAAAACAUGAUCAGGAUCUGCUCAGGCUGUGUAUAUUACCCUCUAUGUCAUCAUCCUGUCAUCAUUACCUGUUGUAAGUGACACACUAACACGACUGUAUGUUGACUCCCUUUCCUGUUUUUCUCCUGCAGUGGGGUUUCAACGACGAUAGAUCCAUUCUGGGACAUCAGUCUGGAUCUCCCGGGCUCAUCAACACCUUUCUGGCCCCUCAGCCCAGGAGGAGAUGGCAGCACGGUGAAUGGGGAGAGUCACCUGUCAGGGUCCACCACGCUCACAGACUGCCUACGCAGGUACGCCUUAUCUUGUUUGUAUUUUUCCUGCCUAAAAGGUUUGUUUGUCGUUUAUUUUAGUCUCCUACUUGAAGCUUUUUCUUCUUUGUCGUGUUUUCGCUAACAUUCCGAUUAAAAAAUAAUCGUUUCUCAACAUUCGAAAUAGAAAAAGAGACACUGCUGCUGCUGUGAAUGAGGCUUGUUUUUCUCCAUCCCUUCCUCUACCUCUCCAGUUGUCUCCACUUGUCGACAAAUAGAUCUCAUUCAUCCCACCACUUGUUUGCCGGGUCACAUGUGUUGUCUGCUCAGGCACAGCAGCCCUGUUAUCCCUUUUUUUAAUCUUCAAGCAUCACCAGGUUGGCAGAGCAGGUGUGACCUCUCAUAUCUCCUCUACUGAUGCUUCACUCUUGCAAUUUUUUUUUCUCUCCCUUCACUCCUUAUCUUAUUUCAUCCCCCCUCCCCACUCCUCCACCUAAUUCCCUUUCCCCCGUGCCCUCACUCUCUACCCCUCGCAUUCGUCUCAUCCUCCCCCUCUCGCCUCCUUUCCUUCAGACUUUCUUUUUUUUUUUUUUUUUUUUUUUUGUACUGCAGCUCCUCACACACCCCUAGUUGCUGCAGCAAGUCUCUUAAAGGUACAGAACUGGUUGGUGCUGUUGCCGUGGUGAUAGAGGCGUUGGCAAUACCAGCAGGGCUCUGGGCUGGGUGGUUGCACCAAAACUCUGCAGGCGGAUUCAGAGCGCAUUUACCUCACAUGUGGGGCCAGGGCGAGCUGUUUCGGGGCGCAAGAGGCGAACCUGUCAGCCAUGACGCCCUGGUGUUAUGACUUUUUUUGUGUUGUUGUUUUUUUCAGCCGUCUAUCACUUCUCUGCUCUCACACACACCCUCUCUUCUCCUCUAUCCGUCACCUUAUUUCUCCCUUCAGGUUUACACGGCCUGAGCACCUAGGAAGCAGUGCCAAAAUCAAGUGCGGCGGUUGCCAUAGUUACCAGGAGUCCACCAAACAGCUGACAAUGAAGAAGCUCCCCAUCGUAGCAUGUUUCCAUCUCAAAGUGAGUCAGCCACCAACAGCGCGCUGCCAAUUAUCCCUUGUUAUGUUAUCUGUCACUGUCUGACAGUUUGAUUAUUUAAGGGUAAACGGUGCUUUUAUCACUCGCACAUCUAAUUUUACUCAUUACUCUGAAAACAGCAGAUGCUCUAGUGUCGUGUAAACAGUACUGAGUGAUGUGAUCAUCAAAAGUAGGCGCUUUUUUUUUUUCGUCCUGUUUUGUUUUAUUGAAUUUUGAUCCUUGAAUAUUGACCUAUAAAGAUGUUUUUUUUUAAUCCUGUUUGCCCUGUGUGUGAGAGCGCGUGUGUGUGCGCCGCCUCACAUCUGCUGGAGGCGAACUCCAGCUUUUGCAGCGACUUAGCUUGUCUGCUACAUAACCUCUGCGUACGUGUGCUCAUAACUCGAUUCGGUUGUUGGUGCAUUACCUCCUACCCUGUAGCCCUUUUUUUCACACGCUGUCCUAGGACACCUGCGAUUUUAACGACUCGUACUGUCUCUUCCACUGUCCAAUGUUUUAUUUAUUAUAACUGCAUAAGAGGCCGAUAAUGUAUUUAUGAUAUUCAUAGAAACAGGCUACAAGGAGAUCAAUCCCAGACUGUUAUUAUCUUGUUACAAAUGCCUCACAGCCAGAGUGGGAAACACGGGUGUUCACUCUUCAAUGCUGUGUAUGUAUUUAAUAUGUUGUUAUUAUGAUGAUGCCUUUUUAUUCUAAACAUGUGUCCUCCCUCCCCUCCCCUCCCCCUGUCUCUCUCUCUCCCUCUCCUGUCUCAUCCUCCCUCUCUGGCCGUCCCCAGCGGUUUGAGCACUCUGCUAAACUGCGGAGGAAGAUCACUACAUAUGUUUCCUUCCCUCUAGAGUUGGACAUGACGCCCUUCAUGGCAUCCAGGUAAGCCUCCAGCGAAGCAGCCCCCCCCCCCCCCCACCUUCCACAUAUAUACUCUGUGAAUCAUGUCCUGCAGGCGCUUGCAAAAUAAAACCCGCAGCAAGCUUGUUGAACUGGUUUGUUGCAUUUUAAUAUUCGCACGUGCACAUGCUUUAUGAUGGGCUAUUAAUACAUGCUGUAAUCGAAUCAAACAUAUCUGUAUCCUGGCCAAAACAGCAUUACUAAAUCUACCCCAUAAAUAUUUACUAGUGUCAGAGGAGCAUGCAGCAGCAGGCCCCACCCCUGACUCGAGCAUCCAUUCAGCUCUGCUCACGGACAGAGUGAUGGUUACAGGAGCAGGCAGGGGAAAUAGCAGCUCCGAUUCAUAGGAUAACUCUGCCACCUAGUGGAUGUAUGUGUCAUUGUGGCAAGUUUAGCAUGCAGCAUUAUCAGUGCUAACGUCUUGUUGUUUGUUCCCUUCUCCCCCACAGUAAAGAGAGCAGAAUGAACGGGCAGUAUCAACAGACAGUUGACGUAUUAAACAACGACAAUAAGUGAGUACCUCAAACUAAUUCAUUAAAACUUUGGCGUCUCACAGCAGCUCUGACAUCACGGUAGAAAUGUCAACUCUAUGCCAGAAACACACGCUAAUGAUUCGAGGCAUCCAGCUGUGACUUUCCCCAAAUGAAAUCAAUUUGAAACCUAUUAAAAGCCGCUUAGUUUCCUUCAUCCAUGGCAGCGACAAUCGCUUUCAUUUUCCAGGACAUUUACGAAGAAUUUACUGUCUUAAUACCGUUGACAGGUUGCCUGUCGUGGAGCCGAACACAGUUUCCCAGGUGUGCCUUGACUGAGUACAGACAAAGCAAACCGCUCGUGUAUGCGGGGGAUAAUGCGGCUUUAUUACGCUGGUGUGACAAUGAUGUUAAAAGAAGUAGAAAAAGACAAAUGAGCUUCUGUGUUCCUUUUCUUUUUUCAGGUAUUCCUUGUUUGCAGUGGUCAACCACCAAGGCACGUUAGAGAGUGGCCACUACACCAGCUUCAUCCGCCAGCACAAAGACCAGUGGUUCAAAUGUGAUGAUGCCAUUAUCACCAAGGCCAGCAUUAAGGAUGUACUUGAUAGUGAAGGGUAAGACCGGAAACGGGGCGUUUACAGGACAACUUCAAGUCCUUAAAAAGUGUGGAUGCAGUAUAGAAUAUAAAUAAUAACAUAUCAAAUAUUAAACUGAAAGAAACAGGCUAUCUCGUCAUCUUCAUCUACAUAAAGAGUCAGAGAACCUGGAUAGUAGUAGUAGUAGUGGUGGUACACAGCUGUGAUCUUCAGAACUGCAUUGAAAACAGCCCCGACUCUGUAGUGGAAAUCACCGCAUUGGCUCAAAACGACAUCCAAAAUACACCGUCUGUGAUCACAGUUUGUCCAAGCAUCCACUGAUACAGUUUAAAACUGUACAUAAUCUGGAAACAGGCAACUUUGGUAACACUUUAUUUGACGCCUACCUCCAUAAUGCAUUAUAAAUAUAUGUAUAAUGCGUUAUUAUCACAUUGUAGCACUUUACAACUAUAGUUAUAAACACUCUUAUAUGAUUAUAAUGCUUUAUAGCAAUAAUUAUGACACAUUAUAAAGCAUUUUAUCAUGACUUACAAUGUCAGGGAUUAUAAUGUGUUAUAACUGUUAACAACUCACUGACAAUUCACGCAUAGAUAAUGCAUUAUACAUAAAUGUAUGAUGUGUUCUGAUUCGCUUAUAAACUUGUAUAACUAUCAUUAUAAACACUCAUUAAUUAUCAUAAGGCUUUAUAACAAUAAGCAUAACACAUCAUAAUACCUGACAUCGUAAGUCAUGAUAAAAUGCUUUAUAAUGUUAUGAUUAUUGCUAUAAAGCAUUAGGAUCAUUUAUGAGUGUUUAUAACUAUAGUUAUACAGUGCUAUAACAUGAUUAUAAUGCAUUAUACAUAUAUGUAUGAUGCGUUAUAGAGAUAGGCAUCAAAUAAAGUGUUAUGGCAAAUUUUCUAUGGCGGUAAUCCACUUAAGAUGCAUGAGUGUGCAUGACUUCUGGGAAAGCACCUUUAAUGGUGAACAAAAAAGGUUUUAAGCAGCAAACUUCAACUUCAAAUCAGGGGAGUUCACACAUGCAGAAAAGCAAGCCCAAAUAAGCAACUACAAGUUAAAAACAAACCCGUGACUCACGAGUUUUACAAGCGACUUCUGAGAGAAACAAGCCUAAAGUUGUUUAUAAUAAGCGAAAUUGGCAACUCUAAGGCGUCUACAAAUAUUUCGCCGAUGUUUAAACUUGUGUCUCUUCACGAAUGCAGAUCUAGGAUGUACGCAGGUGCGUCCAAACGGAAAUAAAAUAACAGCUAGAUUUUCAAAAUAAAAGCAACACUCAGGCCGUCAAAUGCCCAGGUCUGAAGCAGAGGCACUGCCUCUUUUUCAGUUUUUUUAUUUUCACUAUAACAUUUGGAUCUUUGCCUUGAAUGAUUUGCAAACCAUCAAAUCCAGCCUCCCAGACUGUACGGAGUUUGGGUUAUUUAACAAAGAUAAACUCUCAUGUUUCUGUCUUUUCCUCUCUCUCAGGUAUCUCUUAUUCUACCAUAAACAGUUCCUCGAGUAUGAGUAGUCUUUGUGACCACUGACCACGAAGAACCACUGCUUCUAAAAAGAGAGUCCAGAGACUGGGGACAGGAUGAGACACAAAAGAAACACACAAACCUACCUGAAACUCUUUGACUACCAGUCUGCACCUCCAGCUACGGAGGACGAAACUUAAAAUAGAUGAAAAAAAAAAAGACGUGUGAAAUCAUGCAACCUUUCAAGAGAAAAAAAAAUCAAGCACUGAGCUACUUCUUGGCAUCUACUUGACAAAACUGAAUGAAGAGGAGAGAAGACGGAGGAGGAGGAGGAGGAGGAGUCUGUCAUCGGACCCAGGCUCGAGCAAAGAGAAAGAGGAGGAGCCUCACCCUUAACCCCGCCCACUCUCACUUUCUCUCCCUUCCCCUUCCUGCUGCAGGGGCGGAGUCUGAGCCUGACCGGCUGUCAUGUUGAUUGGGCACAUCUGGAUUUUUUCUUACAGUAUUCUGACUCACCCCCUUUACCCUCACCCAACACACACACACACACACAGACACACACAGACACACACACACACACACCCUCCAUUUCUCUCCCAUGGUGCUCUUGUUUCAACUGACCAAGCAUUUAACUUAGUCAUCAUGGAGGACAGUUCGUCAUCAUAUGCAUACGGGACUGAAUGCAAAAAAAAAAGAAGAAUAGAAUCAACGUAUUAUAUGAACUUUGCAAGAACAUUUUAAAGGUAUGAUUAUGAUUCUUAUCAUUUGUGACUUUAGUUAUGAGAUACUGUAUGAAUCUAGUAUACAUCUAUUUUUUAAGAGCAAAGAAAACAUGGGAGAGCUUAGAGACGCUGCCUUUGCCAGUUGCUGGGGAAGUGCUGCCAUGGAAACUAAGCAGAUUUGGACCUGAGUGUGCUCAUGUUCCAUUAUUUACUGUGUUGAUUGUUUUUAUUUUCAAGUCUGGUUGAGGGCAGGGAAUAUCUAUUUUUUUUAGCGACUCAUUGAAUUUUGUAUACUGUUUCUUUUCAGUGUCUUUUUUUUUUUUUUUUUUUGUUAUUUUCAGUACAGUCAUAUGUCCCUCGCUGUCCUGGUACUGGAAAUGUUUUUGGACGUAUUAUACUUUCAUUCUUGUGGAAUUGUUGGUAUAAUGAUGGUGGUGAUUAAAUUGGCUCACCUUUGCUGUUCAUGAAUCGUAUGUUGAAUGUGAGCUUUGGGUUUCGUACGGCAUUCUGAAGAGAAGACUCGAAAAACGUGAACUCCACAUGAGGUCCUAUUAUAUGUGAGAAUGCUAAGGUCUCUCUCCUCAUUGAACACCUUGGAUGCUGUGUGCAACGACAACAAAAAAAAAGAGUUAAAAAAAAAAACAAAAGAAGAAGAAGAAGCCCGUUCAACAUCACUGCAUGCAACUGGGCUCUCAUGAUUUAAAAAGAAAUGUGAAAUUUUUGCCCUCAAUAACGCCUCAAGGCCUGUUGCCCAUCAGGAUUUUUGUUCUGGGAUGUGAAGAGAAUCAUGUGAAAUAUAUACACAUUGCACGUGUAUGGGCACUGUGCGACCACAGCCUGGCUCUGAAUCCAUCAGUGUUAAUCUUCUCCAUGGCAACCGUGUGUGGCUGGUGCAGACCGGUGUGGUUCGUGGUGUGUCUCGCCUCUGCAGUGCAGUAAACCCAGUGCUCUAUUCAAUCGGUAUGCUGUCAAGUCAGACUUUAGAUAAUGCACAUACACAUCAGGGUGUUGUGGUCUGUUUUGUUUGAAUAUCACUGAUUGUGUAUGUAUAAGAAAAUACAGAAUAAAAAAUAUUGACUCAUGUAUAAAAUGAGGGCUCUAACCUUUCACAAAGUAAUGCCACAUUUAAUGAAAAAAACAAAAAAAAAAACACAACCCACUGGUUGUUAAGCUGCUCUGUAAUUGAAAACAAACAUGCAUAUCCUUUGGUCUGCUGCAUACCCUCAGCUGGAGGACGACGACGGCGGGUUUCUGACCAGUAAAAUCAAAGACUUUUGAAAUGUUCGCACUUUGGUUUUGAUGUAUCGUGAAGCAGUUAAGGCCACCCAAGGACAUUCAGGGACGCAGCUGAAACGAAAAAGGAAGAGGAGAGCUUCAUUAUCCGUUUCAGUGAUUAAACUCAGAACAAAACUGGAA